CCUGUUUCUCUUUGCCUUGCAGCAAUCGUGGGCCACAGCCAUGGCUACGGACUGGCUGGGAAGCAUCGUGUCGAUUAACUGUGGAGAAAGCUUGGGAGUCUACCAAGGGCGAGUGUCCGCCGUGGACCAGGUCAGCCAGACCAUCUCCCUGACACGGCCCUUCCACAAUGGAAUGAAGUGCCUCGUGCCAGAAGUCACCUUCAGGGCAGGUGACAUUACUGAACUAAAAAUCCUGGAGAUCCCAGGGCCAGGGGACAAUAGACAAUGUGGGGAUCUGCAGCAGACGGACAUGGGCAUCCCUGGAGUUGGAUGCCAAGUGGGUCCCAGCCAGAAUGGCACUGGAAAAGUCCUCAAGAAGCCCAUCUCCAGCAGUGCCCCGCAGAAUAUUCCAAGGAGAACAGACGUGAAGAAUCAGGAUGUUAUUGUCUCUCCACAGCAGCAGUGCUCCAAGAGCUACAUGGAUCGACAUGUAGAAACAUUGCCUCAAUCCAAAGGCUUCCGUCGUAGGCACAAUUCCUGGUCGUCCAGUAGCCGUCAUCCAAACCAGGUGACUCCAAAGAAGAGCGGCCUGAAAAACGGGCAGAUGAAGAGCAAAGAUGACGAGUGCUUCGGGGAUGACAUAGAUGAAAUCCCAGACACAGAUUUUGAUUUUGAGGGGAACCUGGCCCUCUUUGACAAGGCGGCUGUGUUUGAAGAGAUUGAAACUUAUGAGAGGAGGAGUGGCACUCGUUCCCGUGGGACCCCAAACGAAAAGCCGGCACGGUAUCGGCACGAUGAGAACAUCCUGGAAUCGGAGCCCAUAGACUACAGAAGGAUAGUGGUACCCCACAACGCGAACAAGGAGUUCUGCACGGACUCUGGGCUGGUGGUUCCCAGCGUGUCGUACGAGCUUCACAAAAAGCUGCUCUCGGUGGCCGAGAAGCACGGGCUGACGCUGGAGCGGCGGCUGGAGAUGACGGGCGUCUGCGCCAGUCAGAUGGCCCUGAGUCUCCUCGGGGGGCCCAACAGGCUGAACCCCAAGAACGUGCACCAGCGGCCCACGGUGGCCCUGCUCUGCGGCCCCCAUGUGAAGGGGGCCCAGGGCAUCAGCUGCGGGCGCCACCUCUCCAAUCACGACGUCCAUGUCAUCCUUUUCCUGCCCAACUUUGUCAAGAUGCUGGAAUCCAUCACCAACGAGCUGAACCUCUUCAGCAAGACCCAGGGCCAGCAGGUGUCCAGCGUCAAAGAUCUCCCAGAUACUCCUGUUGAUCUCGUGAUCAACUGCCUGGAUUGUCACGAAAAUGCCUUUCUGAGGGAUCAGCCUUGGUACAAGGCGACCGUGGACUGGGCGAACCAGAACCGGGCACCCGUCCUCAGCAUAGACCCUCCCGUGAACGAGCUGGAGCAGGGCAUAGACGCCAAGUGGUCGCUGGCCUUGGGCCUGCCGCUGCCCCUGGGCGAGCGGGCCGGGCGCGUGUACCUCUGUGACAUUGGCAUUCCCCAAAAGGUCUUCCAGGAGGUGGGAAUCAACUACCACUCGCCCUUCGGCUGCAAAUUUGUCAUCCCCCUGCACUCCACCUAGAGCCCGCCCAGCUCCCGAGGGAGAGAAGAGGAGGAGCGGUUGGUUCUGUCGAAUAAGCUGUCCUGUGGAUCCCGACUAGUUAAACUGGUGACGCCUUAAGGAUGUGAAGUUCUGGGGAGUUUCCUUGAAGAAGAAACAUGUUUAUAAAAAAAAAAAAAAAAAAAAAAAAAAA